UGGCGGGAGGAACCGACAAAAUUUAGCGAAAUCGCCUGCGCGGUAGACUUGAGAGGCGGAAUUGCCACGUGGCACUUCGAUACGCCCACUGCCACGUGGUGCUUUGCUGUAUUCUUUAUUGCCACGUGGAACCCGGUGGUUUGCAGAUCGCAGAGAUACCGACCUAGCUUUCUAAGCUACUCUCGCACAUUGAAUUGAGACGUCUGCUUGUUGGUCGUCCGUGAAGAGUCGCCGUCGACGGCCAAUCAGAGCGGAAUAUUUUCUUCGCAUUGUCAACAAAUAAUACUGGUACUCGGAACAGCGAGGAUGGCUUUGUGAUAGGGGUGUUUGUUUCUCAAGGGGUCAUUGCAGCUGGUACACGGAAAAACAACAAGGAUGGCUUUGUGAUAAGGGUAUUUGUGUCUCAAGGGGCCAUCUGAGAAACUUUAGUAAGGUGACGAAGAGGUGAGGCGACGGGAGGGCAGGGUAAAGAUGGACCUCCCGGGAAUAGGGGGCUUCUCAUGGCAGUACGUUGCCUCGCCCAUUAUGCGGCUGCCAGACGAGGUCCUCAUUCAGAUCCUCCCAAAGCUGCCUAUUGAAGAUCUUCUGCUGUCAGCACCGCUAGUUUGCCGACGAUGGAAAGUACUGGCGAGAAAGCCAGAAUGUUUCAAGGACUUGGACAUUAAGGACUGGACGCGGAGGCAAGUAAUUGCGUUAUCUAUACGAAACCCUGGCGGAAAUAAAAUUGAUGCGUGGGAGUAUUUAUUUGUGAGAGACGGUAAAGCAGAGGUCUCUGAUGGCUCAGAGGACUCAGAGGACUCAGCUGGUCUGCAGGACCCCAAGGCUUUGGCUGGAAAUUCUUUCCCGAUGGGGAACAAGGCAAGUGCCACAAACAUGGUGCUGGGCAUGGCCAAGGGAAGCAGCGUCCAAGCACCUGGUGGGUCGAGGGAACCUGUGGCUGCUGACGUCUCCUUGGGAACGGUAAAUGGGAACGAAGGGCGUGUCGGAAGUGCAGCAGGAUGUGGUGCAAGUGGAGCACCGCUACACACUCUGGGAGAUGGAGGCCAUGGCGCGUCUGUCCAGGGAAGCGAACAUCUUAAUCAUGGAAAUUGUAUGGGAGGGUUAGGGGCAACGGCAGGAGGAUCGGCCAAGAAUGGAAAGCAAGUCGCGAGUGUUCAGGAUGCAGACCGCUCCCGUUCGCGCGCUGCCAUUGGCAUGGCGACAAAAUUUGCCGAUAUACUCCUGCAGAGACUGGCUUGGGCUGGAAUGGGUCAUGUGGAAUCUUUGAAGGGUUGGUUCCUGUCGGACAGAGGGUUGGGAUCUCUGGUGGCAACACGGCCGCGACUAACUCAUCUUGAACUGUGGGGUUUGACUAGAAAUAUUGACAAGUCUCUUAUCCAGCUGGCAGAGUGUUGCCCAUACUUGACGCAUUUGACGAUCCAUGAUUUGUAUCAUGGACCUGGGUGUUACCUGAAUGAAUGCGACCACCGUGAGAAUCCGACGGCGAUCACGGACAAGGGGUUAAAUGCGAUUUCCCAAUGGUGCACUGAACUGAAGGAGGUCCACCUCCUAGUCCCUACCAACUUGAGGGCAUCCAGCUGGGAAGAAGAGUGGGUGCUUACUGCAACAGCGAUCAUGUCUCUGCUCAAGGUCUCACAGAAGUUACAGCGCCUAACUCUGGACCUGAGUGGUCUUAAAGCGAAGAAUGUGGUGGAUAUUCUUUUGCUGCUGUCGACGCAUGCUUCACAGCUUGUGUAUCUCAAUUUCUCUGUCUUUUGCCUUAGUGAAAACCUUGGGCCGUCCAUACCCCAUGUACUGAGACUGCUGCGGAAGGCCUGUCCGAACCUCACUGCGUUAAAGCUGCGGCUGGGCAACGGCGACCUGUCGAACACAGGCGUGAUCGCACCACAUUUUCGGGGCAUGGUUGCGGGGCGGGCUUUUAAGGAGCUCACUUUCACAAAGAUGCCAUGGUUCAAAGACCGACACCUUACCGGUUUGGUGACUCAGCUGCCUAUGCUUGAGAGGUUGGACGUCUCCUUCACUGCAGUUCAAGAUGAAGGUAUCAUCAGCACAAUGAACUCAUGCCCAAGGUUGUACAGGUUGCGCGCAUCCAAGUGUGCAGUGACUGAUGCCUCUGUGGAGGUCAUCGCGGAGAAAGGACGGCGGUUGACAGAACUCCGCCUCACUGACACGACAAUAACAAACAAGGCAAUAUCGUUGCUCGCACGUGGUGUAUGCAGCAAGCUUCAGGUGUUGUCCUUGGUGCCUGGGCAUCGUGGAGGCCAUCAAGCGGGGUUGUUAUCGCAGAGCAGCUUCCAGGCUUUUAUCAAGAAGAAUGCGGGACUGAGAGAAGUCUGCCUCAGGGUUGAUUCGUAUCUACCGCCGGAGAUGUACAAACCGCGUGAGCAAAAACAGAACUUCGACUUGUUCUUUGCUUCCUUGGGCCAGGUUGGGUAUUCCCUGCAUGUGUUGGUGCUUCAGACUGAGUUCAUGGUAGGAAUCAAGCCAGAUGAGUUUUACCAACGGCUAAUCGACUUUGCAGCAGUGUGUCCACAUCUGUCGUCUCUUGGUUUAGUUGGUUUUAGAAAGUUGACGGAGGACAUCUCUGGCCGCCUGGCAGCUGCGUUUCCUCUCCUUGAGCAUGUGGCCAUUAUAAACUCCUCUAACCUUUCUUGGAAAUCGGUAAGGAACUUCGCAACUGUUUGCAAGCGUCUGAAGACCGUGGACUGCUCUGGGUCUAUCAGCACGCUUUCACAAGAGAAGUGGGACAAACUACAGGCAAGUAUUCCCACUCACAUUGAGCUUUUGGGCCUCAAUAAGGUAGAAUGGAGGAGAUUGCGAGUUACAGUGCCGGAGUACGCGGAGGCCGAGUAUCGACAUCUUGAACCAGAGACUGUGCAUGCUGAGGGUAUGCUCUGUGGGCAUUUCGCUGACGGUGGACUGUGUUGGUUGGACGACUGAUUGCAAAUGUGGUUUGUCUCGUCAAGGGAGCGAUUUGAUCCACCUGGGCUCUGUUCAUAUGAACCUUCACCUAAUCUGAAGGGGUGGGGGGUUUGGGGGGUUGUGUGUUUGAGAGGGGGGGGCGGGGGGCCGGUGAGGGGGAGGCGAGGAAGGGAGGGAAGUGGGGCCUUUAAACCUGCCACUACCCUUCUCAUCUAGCGCAUGCAUGCUGCCCUAGCACUUGAUGCGGGGCCAUGGAAAGGUUAAGCCUUCUGUAUCUUUUUUGGUUGGCGGUGCCUGGUAAGCGUUUGUUGCCGCCGGUUCCGAUUUUUAGGCGUGGGCAAAAUAGCGCAAUGCAGAAAAGAGGCUCCGAUGUAGUGGUGGUUUAACGACGCCCGCGGUUCUGACUGUGCACAGAACCUCUGAUGAAUAGAAACUGAGGGGCACAGGUGCAACACAGGAUUGGCAUCUGAAAUGAUAGCAAUUCCAUGUUCGCUGAGAAAAGCUUAGUUAGGGACAGGUCACACGGCAUAUGACCUUGCACAGUUGUAGCAGCAGUGUCUUCUUGUUAUGUCAAUUACAAGGCACUGUGGUUUCCUGGGAGGGGGAAAGGGGGGGGGGGGGGUAAAAGGGGAGCAAAGAAACAGGGAGAGGGAAGGUUGAUUCAGGGUGCUGCUGUAGUUAUUUCCAGACAGCAACACGACUGGAAGAUCGAUUUUGAUGCCAGAAGACUGUGGAGAAAAAAAAGUGGAAAAAGUCUCAG